GGAAACGACGUACAAGUAUCUUCACAUUAAAAGCGAGUGCCCGGAUGUUAGUGGAAGAUGGGACAAACUGAUGAUUUGUUACGUAUACGGUAUUGAUAGACCACGGUGUUAGGUACACUUACACACUGGACUAGCUGUGAUGGGUGGAUGGCUGGGAGACAAUAUGUAAGGAUGAGUGUUCGGUGGGCAUUUAACUUCCGGGCGUGGUCCCCCUCUGCCGAGGACUGGAUACUAUGUAACCAGUGUGUGCAGCCUGAAGAAACACAGAGGAUCAGCAAGUUUGUGUUCAAGAAAGAUGCAAAAUCAUCCAUGAUUGGACGGUUAAUGAUUAGAAAGGUUGUCUCAGAAUACCUCAACAUUCCAUAUAAGGAAGUGACCCUAGCCCGAUCGGAGAAGGGAAAACCGUACCUCACAGGCAGGACUGAUGUGGAUCAUUUUAGUUUCAACGUUUCACACCAGGGAGAUUAUGCUGUCUUAGCAGCACAAGCAAACUGUAAUCUUGGUGCUGAUGUCAUGAAAUUGGAAACACGCACAGAUGUCGCUAGUUUCUUCCAAACUAUGAGGAGACAAUUCACUGCAGAAGAAUGGCAGCUGAUCCGAUCUCCUACCACAGACAAGGAACAACUUAAACUUUUCUUCAGACUCUGGUGCUUGAAGGAAAGUUAUGUGAAAGCACUUGGUGUAGGCAUUGGAUUUGAGGUAGGCAGAUUGAACUUUCAUCUUCCAAGUCUAAAUAUAGACUCUAGUGUUAUUACCGAUACAACACUGAAGAUAGAUGGGACAGCCAUGUCAGACUGGUCAUUUGAGGAACAUUUCUUAGACAACCAUAGUAUUGCAGUCGCUGUAAACAAUACUUGCAAAACACCAUCGGAAAAACUGGUAAAUGAAGAUAUGAAUGAAGAAUUGCUGUCCACAGCAGGGGAAUUCAAAGUGUUAGAUUAUAAAGAUAUUAUGAAAAAUGUCCAGCCUCUCUCGGAGCCAGAUAUGUCAUUUUGGGAGAACUUUCAUCCAAAAGCUGAAGACCCCAGUCAAUGGAAAUCUAAACAAGCACAGAAGUCCUGACAUACAGGCAAACAUAGUAUUAUGGUUUUCACCAUGUUCUAAAAAACACAAUACAUAUAUUAAUUUAAUUG